GUUGGGGUCACCUGUGUUUUCCCCAUUGACUUGGCAAAGACCAGGUUACAGAAUCAGAGAAAAGGUCAGCAGGUCUACAGGAGCAUGAUGGACUGCCUUAUCAAAACAGUUCGAUCUGAAGGUUACUUUGGCAUGUAUAGAGACAUGGGUCCCCUGGGAUAUUGAAGGCUAGCCGAUAAGGCGCAGCCACGCUGGAGGCAAAUCAUUAAAUGGUUCUUACUACAUUGCUCUACUUAAAACUAUAGGCAUAUGUUUUUGUUUUGUCAUCUGUAAAUCAACUCUUUUAUCAAUAACUUCUUUACUUCUUUCUCUUCACUUCCCCCUCCUGGAUUCUUACCCUCAGACUAUUGGUUGUGUCUUUGAAGGAUUUUGGGUCAACUUUGCAAACCUUUUUGUGGUGAAUUAACAUAAUUGUUUUGUCUGAGACGAUUGUCUCAGAUGUGUUUAUAGUGUACCCAAAGAAUCUUCACACAGCACAUAGUCUGGGAUCCUGUUUCUCUUUCUAACCUCCGUUUUUAUUCUGACACCCUUUCUUCCCUUUAACCAGUUACUGAUCUGUAACCUUUCUGUAGUUACAGAUCUCUUCAUAUCUUCUUUUCUUUCUAUAGUUGAUAAGAUUGAUGUUUGCAUCCUAUACUUUUCAUCACCUUCCUCCUUCUCUCCCUUGUUUUUCCCACUUUUUACAUUUACCUUUUGAAUCUGCAAAAUUGUGCUUACUUUUAAAAUGUUCUUUUGUCCUUUUUACUUAAGCUACUGUAAAAUGAGCACGUCUUUGUGUUGACUAGCUAUACAUUGACUUAAUUACUCUGUGAUGCUGUAAUUAGUGUGACAAAAAAUGGAAAUUUGUUUUUUCUGUACAUGUACCGUACUUCAUAAAACACAGGAUGGUGACACUAGUGCUAACUGUGUGUUUUUUUUCUUCCCAGGUGCUGCUGUGAACCUGACACUGGUCACGCCAGAGAAGGCCAUCAAGUUGGCUGCAAAUGACUUUUUCCGCCAUCAUCUUGCAAAAGAUGGAAAAGGGCUGACGGUAUUUAAAGAAAUGCUAGCUGGUUGUGGUGCGGGCAUGUGUCAAGUCAUUGUGACCACGCCCAUGGAAAUGCUAAAGAUACAGCUGCAGGAUGCAGGCAGACUUGUGGCCCAGCAGCAGAAGCCAGUCAUGCUAACUCCCACAAAGCUUGUGGCUGCCAACACAAUGCUAAGCCGCUCUUACAACUCUGGCACGGUGGUGUCGGCACCGCCACGAGCAGUGUCAGCCACCCAAAUAGCAAAAGAACUGCUUCAAACCCAGGGCAUUCGAGGGCUGUACAAAGGUCUUGGGGCAACAUUAAUGAGGGAUGUUCCUUUCUCCGUUGUGUACUUCCCAUUGUUUGCAAACCUGAAUCAACUGGGAAAACCCAACCCUGACCAGUCGUCUCCUUUCUAUUGGGCUUUUCUGUCUGGCUGUGCAGCAGGAUCUGCUGCUGCUGUGACUGUUAACCCCUGUGAUGUUGUGAAGACCAGACUUCAGUCUCUUAACAAAGGUGCUGCUGAGGAAACGUACAAUGGAGUUGUGGAUUGUAUUAGUAAAAUCAUGCGGAAGGAGGGACCUUCUGCAUUCCUGAAGGGGGCAGGCUGCAGAGCUCUGGUCAUCGCUCCUCUCUUUGGCAUUGCUCAGGUCAUGUACUUUGUCGGGGUUGGAGAAUACAUCCUGGACAACUCGCCUCUCAGUCUCAUGUCGGUAUGAUGAGCCAACUAUGCAGAAGACCUUCUGGGCAUAAGGGAUGAAAGAUCUGGCAGCUAAGUACCAGGAGUUUACAGAAGAAAAGCAAACCAAACAAACGUUGCCUUCUUGAAAACGUCCAAAAGGCUUCAGGCUGUGAGGACCUCAAAUUUUACCCUGUGUGUGGCUUGACAACUAUUUUACAACUAUGUUGCACUUGCACACUUUAUGGCUUACUCUGUAGGCAAUGGCCAUUGGUUGGGUUGUUAGCCUUACUGUGUGAGGGACUGAACAUUUGCAGUGUUUUUCUUUCCUUGUCCUGAGACUGUCCCAUAAUGUUUCCCUCUGUGAGGGACAAGGGCUCAUUUCAUCAAAAAAUAUUGUUUUCCUCUUUCACUAUUUUCUAUGUAUUUAGCCACAGCUGAGUAUAGCCUGAAGUAGUUUCUGUUAGAUUUCCAGUUGCUGUCUUGUGUGACAGAAUCCUUGCACUUGGGUGUCAGUGAAACCGUACACACUGAGGCCCAGUUUAGAUAAUUUGGCGCAGAUGGAAUGAGUUAAAAAAAAAACAAAAAAACUGAAUUCACAUCUAUUCUGGACUGUUUCCAUGUGUAAGACCUGUACUUGUGACAUGGGACCAUGCAAUCUAUUACACCAUGUUCAGUAUCCUGUUGAAUACUUGAUCAUAGUCUGACUGCUAUUGUACUUUGGUUGUAGCUUAAAAACAUUGAAGUCUUUGUGUUGUCAUAUCUUCAAAAACUGAUUUUAGAUUAUGACCCUUCAGUACUGUGAAGAUUAUAUAUGUGUAUAUAUAUAUAUGUACAUAUAUAUUUACACGUGUAUAUAUGCAACCACUGCAGUAGUCGUUUAUGCCUUAAAUGUGCAGAUAAACAUUUCGUUGUAAGUAUGACAUAUGCUCUUAUAUGCUACUCAAAAAAAGUAAUUAUCACAUGGAAAAUAACUGUUACCAUACAUGUGGACAAUUGCCUUUUGUACAUACUGUUAAUAUAUAUAUGCAUAUAAUAAAUGUUUUGAUGCAAUCUUUUAGUGUUUAAGAGUAAUGUAUACUGUAUGGAUCAACAGUAACAUUGAUUUUAACAGUGUCACAGUCACUUCAUGUGAAGCCACAGUGGUUAAUCCCCAUCUGUCACCAGAUCUCAUCCUGACUCAACCCUUAGCAUUAGUCUUGGCUUUGGUCUCACAUUUUCUGUCCAAGGUAUGAGGAACGGCCUUGGUUUGAGCAUUUUGCCCCUGGAUACAGUGACAUGAAGCAGGACUCGAACCAGCAUCUACUGGUGGAAAGAUCCAGUGUCCAGAUCCCUUUGGCUGGUUAACAAAUAUGUUUUCUAUUUAAGACUUGCACUAAGUACCUUGAGCAUGAAGUAGAAACAAAAUAAAGAUCUCAACAUAAAAACAAA